GGUAUGACGACACACGACCGACGACAGAUGUUGUUGGGGGGUCUUUUUUGUGGUUUUUAAUUAUUUUUCGGUCGGAAAUCGCACGACUUUUUCGGAGGUGAAUGCACGGGAUAACGGAGCUUUGAAGUGAGACGAAAUUAUUCGCCAUUUUGACGAAGUUUAUGAUACAGAUAACAUCAUCGUGACUAUUCGAAGGGUUCAAAGAACGGAAAAAAAUGUCAGAUUCUCUUCGUUUCGACGGGAAAGUCGUGGUGGUAACAGGCGCGGGUGCAGGAUUAGGUCGGGCUUAUGCCCUCCUCUUUGCCUCCCGGGGUGCCAAGGUGGUGGUGAACGAUCUCGGUGGAGGGCGUCACGGCGACGGUAGCAGUACCAAAGCAGCCGACGCAGUGGUCGCCGAGAUCACCUCAGCGGGUGGCGAGGCAGCCCCCAACUAUGACUCCGUUCUCGAUGGCCAGAAGAUUAUUGAAACCGCAAUCAUCAACUUCGGACGCAUUGAUAUCCUGAUAAACAACGCAGGAAUCCUGCGGGACAAAUCCUUCGUGAAGAUGACAGAUCAGGACUGGGAUCUCAUUCAUGACGUUCACGUUAAGGGCUCGAUGGUGACGACCCGGGCAGCCUGGCCCCACUUCCGCAAGCAAAGGUACGGAAAGGUCAUCUUCACUGCUUCCAACAGCGGAUUGUAUGGGAACUUUGGGCAGGCGAAUUACUCAGCUGCUAAAAUGGCUCUUGUGGGACUAUCUAACACUCUGGCAAUCGAGGGAAACUCAGCCAACAUCAAGACCAACGUCAUCGUACCAACGGCUGGAUCACGACUGACGGAGGACAUCCUUCCCCCUGAGUUCUUCAACGAGCUCAGACCCGAGUUCAUAGCGCCUGUUGUUAUGUGGCUGUGCCACGAGGACUGUAAUGAGACUGGAACGAUAAUCGAGACAGCUCUGGGCUGGGCCGGCAAGUGCCACCUCAUAAGGGGCAAUGGAACCGUUCUGAGGAAGAGUCUCAAGGACGCAGUGACUCCCGAGAACGUCAGAAAUAACUGGGAUGCCGUUCUGAAUAUGGAAGAAGCCAAACGCUGCGAGAGCAUUGCGGAAGCCACUGGGGAACUGAUGAACGUUGUCGACAUAUUGGGCUCCAGUAAGAGCGACGCGGGAGGAGAACAGUCUGGAGUCAUCAAGUACUCCAUGAAGAAUCAGUAUAACUUCAAACAGGCGAUCCUCUACGCCUUGAGUAUUGGAGCAAAGUGCAGGGAUCCUAUGGACUUCAGGUACAUCUACGAGCAUCAUUCGGAUUUCAGUGUCGUUCCUUGUUAUUACAUGAUUUUUGGACCCGCGACACUUAUGGAGACGGAUAUCGUUGAGAGAGCUUUUGAGGGAAGAUCUGUCAACUUUGCGGGGAUUGUCCAUGGGGAACAGUACAUGAAGGUUCUACAGAAGAUACCGACUGAAGCUGUGGUUGAAACCAAGUGCAAGAUCCUGGAUGUCCUCGACAAGGGGCGAAACGCAGUGCUUUUGAUCGAACACGAGUCCUUCAAUGCUGAGACCGGCGACAAGCUGACAACAGGUCGCAUAGCAGCAAUUGCUAAAGGAGCGGGGGGUUUUGGGGGCCCGAAGCGUUCCCAUCAUGAAAUUCCAGGUGUGGAGACACCUAAACGAACCCCAGACACUUCCUACUCCGAACAGACCAGCCCUGACCAAGCUGCUCUGUACAGAUUGAGCUCUGGUGAUUUUAAUCCACUUCACGUGGACCCCAACAUUGCAGAGAUGGGGGGCUUCAAGCAGCCCAUACUCCAUGGACUCUGCUCCCUUGGAUUCGCCACGAGACAUGUCCUCAAGACCUUCGCUGGGGGCGAUCCUGAGCUGUUUGAGUCCAUCAGGGCGAGGUUCUCCAAUCCUGUGGUGCCUGGACAAACUCUCAGGACUGACAUGUGGAGGGAUGGAAACAGAAUUCACUUUCAGUGUUUUGUUGAUAAUAACACUCCAGUUAUCAGCAAUGCUUAUAUCGAUCUCAAGGAAGUGAGAAUCGGGAAGAAGGCCAAGCUGUGAAAAUUCUUCGGUGAUUUGUUUUUCUCAUUACAACCAGGUAUUUUAUGGUUUUUGGGGCAAGGAGGGAAUAUUGUUGAUAAUGGUUUAUUAAUAUUUAUAAAGGCAUUUUUCUAUCGUUGAA